AUGAACGAAUGGACUACUGAAGAAAGACCCUACAAUCAAGUCACAAAAUACAAUGGUGGUGGUAGCUCACCUCAAGGAAGAAAUAAAAUUUGGAGUUCUUUCCGAGGUAAUUUUGGCAAAAGGAACCCUCGUUAUGAACAUGGUGGAUAUGAGCCUUGGCCUUCACACCGCCGGGAGGAUGAUGGAAACAUGGUGAUGAGGGAUGUCCAGGAGGACCCCCAAAUUCCCUAUGGGCGAAAGUAUGACAAGACGUGGCUAAUGGAUUCAGUCCAGAGCCAUUGCAGUGUCCCCUUCACUCCAGUGGAUUUCCACUACGUGAAAAACUGGGCUCGGUUCUUUGUCCAAGAUGCUGGCGUUGCCUCUGCAUUAAUGGAAGUCAGCUACAAGAUUUGUGACCAUGAGAACCGAAAGAUAUCUAUCUUGGUCAGUCCCUCUGCUGAGCCGUACUCUGUGCAGUAUAAGUUGGAGCCCAAAGAAAUGGAGCAGCUAAAGCUGACCAUGAACAAACGAUAUGAUGUCUCCCAGCAAGCUCUUGAUCUCCAGAGGAUUCGCUUUGACCCAGACUUGGUGGACCAUGAUAUUGAUAUAAUCCUGAAUCGAAGAAACUGCAUGGCUGCCACCCUGCAGAUCAUCGAGAAGAAUUUCCCCAAGCUAUUGUCUUUAAACUUGUGCGACAACAAAGUGUACCGGCUGGAUGGCCUGUCUGACAUUAUACAGAAGGCCCCCACAGUCAAGAUCCUGAACCUCUCCAAAAAUGAGCUGAAGUCAGCCAGGGAGUUGGACAAGAUGAGAGGACUGAGACUUGAAGAGCUGUGGCUGGAAGGGAACCCCUUGUGUGACACCUUUCAAGACCAGUCCACCUACAUAAGAGCCAUCAGGGAAUAUUUCCCCGACUUGUUAUGCCUGGAUGGCCAGGAGUUACUCCAACCAAUUAUGGUUGAUAUUGACACCCCCUACUUAAUAAAGCCCUGCAAGGAAAGCUAUAAACGAUGUGAGACCCUGAAGAAUCUAGUCCUGCAAUUCUUGCAGGAGUAUUAUUUGAUCUAUGACUCUGGAGACAGACAGGGUCUUGUCGGUGCUUACCACGACGAGGCCUGCUUCUCCCUGACCAUUCCCUUCAACCCCGAGGAUGCAGCCCCAAACAGCUUGUGCGAGUACUUCAAGGAUAACAGGAAUAUAAAGAAGCUCAAGGACCCCUACCUGCGGGUUCAGCUGCUGAAACACACAAAAGUUGACAUCGUGCGCUCCCUCUGUGUGUUGCCCAAAACUCAGCAUGACUUCAGCUCCUUCUCGGUGGAAACUUGGUUCCAGACGGAAAGGAUGCUCUGCUUCUCUGUCAAUGGGGUGUUCAAGGAAGUGGUAGGAGAGUCUCAGAGUUCUGUCCAUGCCUUCACACGGACCUUCAUCGCUAUCCCUGCCAGCAAUUCCAGUCUAUGCAUCGUGAAUGACCAGCUGUUUGUGAGGGACACCACCCACAACGAAACUCAGAGUACAUUCUUCAUCCCAGUUCCCACACCCACCUCCAGCUCCAUGCCCACCCUCUCCCAGGAGCAGCAAGAAAUAGUGCAGGCUUUCUCCACCCAGUCUGGGAUGAACCUACGGUGGUCUCAGAAGUGCCUUCAGGACAAUGAGUGGAACUACACCAGAGCUGGUCAGGUCUUCACUAUGCUCAAGCCUAAGGCCAUGCCCAUGACUGGGGGUGGAGGCCUGGCUGACCAAGAACCCAAAGUUAACUUUUAG